GUCAUGCCAGUGUAACGGCUCUCCCUUGGGACAUUAAUGAAAAAGUAGUCCAAAUGCACCGCACUUUCUCCGUCAUUGAUGUAGAGAAAACUGUUUGUUAUGAUCGAGACUUGGCAAUGGUUAGUUCGUGAAUUUGCUGCGGAGAAACAAUGCUAUUAUGAUGCUUUGGCGCGCAACAGUUAUUUGGAGAUCAGACGCGAUAAGAGAGUGUCACCGUCGCUCCCCCUGAGCUGCGACGUACUUGUGUUGGAGAAAAAUGGCACCAAUCUUGCCAAUAAGAAAGGACAUAUUUCAGAGCUGAAUUCGUGAGACCGGAUCGAAGCGAAGUGGCGCAUUUUCGUCGUCCAUUUCAGCCCCGCGAAGCCUGGCAGCGCAUGAAUAAGGAAUAGGCUGUGCUUGGCAGGACGGACCUGCGUGGGCGACGAAGGAGUGGCCGAAGUUCCGAUUCCGAAAUGCGAGUGGCGCAUGAGAAUUGGCACAUGAAAGUGAAAAUAUGAAAGUUCAAGCAGUUAUUGGUUAUUAAUAUUUUCAAAGAAAGUUUGGAUUUACUGAGGUUAGUUGAAAUGAAUGAGAAGCAGUUUCAUGUCGGGCUCAAUACCUUAAGUCGACCCAUAACCGCCGAGUCGGCUGAAGUGCUAUGAAAACCCGACGAACGAAACAAAAGCUAUACUUUCUUGUGCAAUAUUCACGGAAACGAAAAACGGAGAGUGCGGUGUGAAAACUCAACCACAAGGAAAUUCCAAUAACAAACACAGGAAAGAGCACUUCAUCCUAGCUUUCUCCCCGGAGCCAAAUCCUCCAGGAGGCCCUUACCCCUUCGUAAAACCCUCCCAACGCCCCUGCACGCGGUCCAGAAUGAGGAUGGACGACGCGGCCUCCGACGACAUCCUGACGAUGGCUCAGCGUCGUCAGGCGGGGCGCAAGAACGGCCGCGCCCCUUACCCCAACGACCACGUGCUCAGGAUCGACAACUUCACGGGCCUCGAAACCCCGGCCGUCACGCCGCCCACGUCCAGAAAAUACGAGCCUAAAGGUUUUAUCGCUGAGAUCGCAAGCGAGCGCCGUCGAGAGCCGAGGGUUUCCGUGCCGAUGUUUCUGGAGGAGGUGCCCUACAGCCGCAACACACUCCCUCCGCUCGUGCCUGUCGAAGUAAGGAUCUCCACCAGCCGCUACCCUAUGAAUGGGCUGGAGGUGGCUGCCCUCAUCCACACAGCCUGCCAUGUCUCCUUCAUGUCAACGUCGCUCGUAGGAGAACUUUCUAUGAGACAGGACAUCAUCCCAGAUACCUCGGUCCCGCCCUCGCCACUCUCCUCGGGUACGGGAGUGCCCUGGUUGGUAGAAGGCAAAUUGCGCUACGUAGAGUUGUCUCUCAAGGGUUCGAAACACGUCACGCAGUUGCAUGUUGCUCGCGACCUUCCCUCGGACCUGGUGCUCGGAGUCGACUUCCUCAAGAAGGCUCAGGUCCGCGUCAACUUCCCGGAGAACUGCAUCUUCCUGCCCAACGGCGGACAGGAGACCAAGGUGUCCUUUCUCAGCAGCAAGGAAAUGAACCAGCACCAGCGCCGCUCGAACGCUAAUGCCACUACCACGCCCGCGAAGACAAGGGCUUAUUCCUCCAACUACUGACAGGACAACGAGCUCCCUGUCCUUCACCAGUACAGGGACGAUCUUCUGCCGUCGUUGUCAGGGAAGGGGAAAUCUUAGGUCGACGACUUUUUCUGGUGAUACGUUAUUUUCGGUCAGGUUGACAGAUGGGAAGUCGAACUCAUGCCACCGAUGUGUGCCUUGUCGUAUGUACUACUUUUCUCAGCGCUCUCGCAUAAACACUAUGGAUAAAUUUCUUUAUUGCAGUCGAGAUAUACAUGGUAAUUCAGAAGUCUUUGAAAUAUACUGAAAAAGCAAGAAGAGAAGUGCAUUCUACGGUGA